UGUAGCCUACCCUGCCCUUCGGCCGGUAUAAAAUUCUAGGCUCCCUUUCACUUUCGUGUUACUAUUGGUGAGCGAUGGCUCCUAUUCCGAAGGCUGAGGGGCGAAUCAAGCUAGACUGUCCUCUGCGGCCUGGCUGCCCGCUGGGGGGUGCUGCUGUUCCCAAACUCUGCAAGGAAUUCGGUCCAGAAGACCACAAAGAAGAGGACAUAGUGGAUUUUCUUCGCCAGCUUGUGGAGAGUGAUCCCCAAGGCCUGCACCGGAUCCAUGUGGAUGGAAGCAGUGGGCAGCUGCAGCAGUGGCACCAUGGUUACCUCCCAGACCAUUUCUAUGAUGCAAGAAACACAGCUGGACAGCGUGAUGGGGGCAAGGGGACCAAGGGACAGGGCACCUACUGUGGUCUCCGAAAGUCCUUCCUGAACCCUCCCCAGAGGUCUAAGCUCUGCCCUCACAGUCCCUCUGCCUCUGUAUCCUUCUCCAGUGUCUCAGACAGCCUGCUUCAGGUGGCCAUGCCUCAGAAACUCCUGGUGACUGAAGAGGAAGCCAACCGCCUGGCUGAGGAACUGGUGGCUGAGGAGGAGCGCAUGAAACAGAAAGCAGAGAAGAAACGACUAAAGAAGAAGCGUCAAAAGGAACGAAAGCGACAGGAGCGCUUGGAGAAGAAUGGUACAGAGCCCAAGGCCAACGCUACCUGGGAUGGGGAUGAGAGCCCUCCAACCAGCCCUGGGAACCCAGCUGAGGGACAGUGUGGUGAGGAAGAGGACUCAUUGGAUCUAUCUAGUUCUUUUGUGUCUCUGGCUUUGCGCAAAGUUGGGGAUUGGCCCUCCAGUGCCCAUAGAGGGAAGGAACUGAGUCAGGAGUCCCAAGUCAAGGGCCAGGAACCCAAGAAGAAGAUGGACCAAAAGGAAGGAACCCCUCCAAGUGAGGAGAGGCCCAGACCGAGUCCUAAGGCACAGGCAUCUCCAGGACUGCUGGCAGCUGCCUUACAGCAGAGCCAGGAACUGGCACAAUUGGGUACCAGCUUUGCUCAAAAUGGUUUCUACAAUGAAGCUGUGGUUCUCUUCACCCAAGCCUUGAAGCUCAACCCCCAGGACCACCGGUUAUUUGGAAAUCGCUCCUUCUGCCAUGAGCGACUGGGUCAACCAGCAUGGGCCCUGGCUGAUGCCCAGGUGGCCCUUACUCUACGACCUGGCUGGCCCCGGGGCCUCUUCCGCCUGGGCAAGGCCUUGAUGGGACUGCAGCGCUUCCAGGAGGCAGCUGCUGUAUUUCAGGAGACUCUGAAAGGUGGGUCUCAGCCAGAUGCAGCCUGGGAGCUCCACUCUUGCCUUCUCCAGCUUGCUCUGGAUCAGCAAAGAAUCUGUGUGCAACCUCAAUCAACUGGGUUCCCCCAGCCAUUUUCCUAUUGUGAGCCCAGAGCCUCAGGCCUUCUCUCCCUCAGUCAUCCUCGAAGUACUGCUCCAAGGACCCCUGGUCUUCUGUCUCCACCCUUGCUCUAUCCCCCAUGUCACCUGAGCCAACCCAGCUGGCCCCUCCCCCAGACUCAGAGUAGAAGACCAUACCCUCUCCACCUCCAAGACCCCUCUAAGGGCUGGAGCAUCCUGGGACUUGGACCCCAGCAUCUACCUCAAGCCAGAUGAGGGGGGACUUGUCCCUCACAGGGCAAGGCUACAUCCCACUAGAUGGGAGACACUGGUGACAGUUUACUGCAUAUCUUGAGACUUCAUUCCUCUUGUCUUUAGUUCUCAAGCACAUGGCUUCUCCUGGAGUCAGUAAGGAAAAAUAAAAUCCUCCAAGGCUCAAGACAGGAACUAUAUAAAUGUUCAGGUUUUCAGACUAUAGCAGAGCCAGCAAGUAGGCAUCUGGGGCUUGCUCUGCUUCUAGGCCCUGUGUGACUCAUUCGCCAGCCAGAUCUCCACUAAGUAAUGGGUCACAUUGAUGAAUAAGGCUUGAAUCCCACCUUUCAGCAUAAUGGAUGCUCACCACUUCCUCACCCCAGUUCUUGCCCUGUUUUCUUUAGCCACAGCCCUUUGUGUCAUUUCCUAUCUCUGUUGCUGUGCACAUUCUGACCUCUCUUUUGUCCAGUGGUCUGAUUUCCAUUUCCUUCCACUGCUAGAAGAUUCUUCAAGGGUUUGGGAAGUCCCUUACUGGCUUCUGCCUGGAACUGGUAGGGCCCACACAUCUCUAUACCUUCACUACUGGCUCUUCUGCUGCAUGGUGCCCUGGCUGUUGCUAGCUUGGCCACUCUCUAUCUCCACCUAGUGAUUGUCAUUACAAUUAGCCUUUCCCCAUGUGAAUUUUUCCUCUUGAAGGUCACUGCUCCAAAGAUGGCUAUAAUUCUCUACUUCCUAUGUAGAAAUUAUCUCAUUUUGGCUUCCCUAAGAUCCUGGAAGCUUCCGCUGGCCGGAUUCACUCUGGCCUGCCUGGGACUCUCAACUCCUGUAAGUGUGGAUCUACAGAAGACUUUUAGCCCCACCUGCACCCCUUCCCCAGUGCCUUCCCCAGAGGAAUCAGUCAUGAGGAGAAAUGAUUCUUGCUGCCCUAUGGGUCUUAACCCAAUAUCCUUUACACCUGAAGAUUGGAGGCAUUGAAACAUCUCCUUUAUACAGAACUUUCCCAAAUGCUUUUUAUUGUUUAUGAUUUAAGCCCCCAUUGAAAGGGGCCUAAGCCCCUUCAUCCUAGCAGUAGGAUGAAGUCUGCCACUAUUGGUUGGGUCACCUUGGCCAGGACUCUCAACAUUUAAGCCUCAAUUCCAUCAUCUGUAAAAUGGGAACAGUCCCUACCUCAUAGGGUUGUUGUGAGGAGUGAAACAGAAAAUAGCUAUGAAGUGCCUUGUACAUAAUAGGUGCUAAAUAAACCAAUUUCUGCCUGCAACUGUCCUAUACAUUCAUGACUCCCAUGGUGGAAAGAGAGCAGAUGAGUAGAUUGCUUUUAAAUUCAUAAAAUCCAGACUUUCUGGGACUGUAGGUCUCCAAGUGUGGUCUUUGGACCAGUAGCAUUGCCUGGGAAACUAUGGCAAAUGCAGGCUCCAGGCACAUGUCCAAAUCGGGAAACCACAGAAGCUGGCCUAGCAGGUGAUCAUGAAGCUAUUCUAGGGCCUAACUGAGCAGACAUCCAUCCAGAGCCCAUUUUGGUGGGACAGGUUUCAAGUAAUUUGGUUUUGUUUUUUGAGAUAAGAUCUCACUGUACUGUAGCCCAGGCCGGCCUCAAACUCUCAAUCUGUCAUGCUGAGAUUACAGACAAGUGCCACCAUGCCCAGUUUCAUGUUUCAGUUUUGUUACACAAGGAUUGAGUACAAGAAUCCCAGGCUGGCCAGGCAUGGUGGUACAUGCUUGUAAUCUUGCCCUUGGGAGGUAAAAGCAGGAAGAUCGCAAGUUCAAGGCCAUCCUGAUUACAUAAGGAGAUCCUGACCUAAAAAAAAAAAUCCAAGGCUGG